AUCGCUAUUAGAAAAGGUGAGCCGAUUUCAGACUUCCUGCAAUACUGGUUUAAACACCAGCCUGCAAAAGACUAUCGUGUGUUAAAGGAGAAGGGUUACAACCCGUCAUAACAUCUGGAAUGGCUUGUCAGUGGGAUGAUUUGAGCCAAAUCAUGAACUCGCCGGACUCGCUGUCCAACCCUAGUCGAGGAACCAUUAAGGAUAAAGCGGGUUUUAAUCCAGCUGAGGAUGCUGCUGCUCUGAAGAAGGCCAUGAAAGGAUUCGGCACCGAUGAGAAGGUUCUGAUUAAUAUCCUGACUCAGAGAAGCAGCGCUCAGCGUCAGCAGAUCUGUAAAGCGUACAAGGACGCGACAGGAAAGGCUCUUGUGGACGCUAUAAAGGGAGACACCAAGGGGAACUUUGAGGACAUCCUGGUGGCUCUUGUUACCCCACCAGGGCACUUCGACAUGCAGGAAGUCAAAAAAGCGAUUAAAGGAGCUGGAACCACAGAGAGCACGCUGAUCGAGAUCCUCGCCUCCAGAUCUAACCAACAGAUCAAAGCUCUGUCUGACGCUUAUGUACAAGCGACGGGGAAAGCGCUGACUUACGAUCUGAAGUCGGAGGUGGGAGGAGACUUUGGGAAAGCUCUGAUCACUCUGGCUGAGGGCAAAAGAGACGAGAGUAAAAAUGUGGAUGCUGCUAAAGCCAGCGCUGAUGCGAAGGCCCUGUACAGCGCCGGAGAGAAGAGACUGGGGACAGACGAGGGCAAGUUCAUCGAGAUCCUCUGCCAAAGGAGUGUUCCUCAACUCCGACAAACCCUGGUGGAAUAUAAGAACCUGAGUGGGAAAACCCUGCAGCAGAGCAUUGAGAGAGAGAUGAAUGGAGAUUUAGAGAAACUUUUAGUAGCUGUAGUGAAGUGUGUGAAGAGUGUCCCGGCUUACAUGGCAGAGCAUCUCCAUAAGAGCAUGAAGGGAGCGGGCACUAACGAGGCCAUGCUGACUCGGAUCAUGGUGAGUCGCUCUGAGAUCGAUCUGAUGGACAUCAAGGCAGAGUAUAAAAAAAUGUACAGCCGUUCCUUAUACUCCGACAUCAAGUCUGAUACGACGGGAGAUUAUGAGAAAACACUGCUGGGGAUCUGCGGCUCUCAGGACGCCUGCCUCAUGGUAGACUCUGACCAGUUACCUCCUUGGUCUUCCAUCCAGUUUGGACUUCAACCUACUCGAACCUCUGAAAUGUCUUCUCAGUGGGAUGAUUUGAGCCUCCUUCUGGACUCACCGGACUCGCUGUCCCACCCUACUCGAGGAACCAUUAAGGAUAAAGUGGGUUUUAAUCCAAAUGAAGAUGCUGCUGCUUUAAGGAAGGCCAUCGAGGGAAUCGGCACCACUGAGAAGACUCUGAUCGACAUCCUGACUCAGAGAAGCAGCGCUCAGCGUCAGCAGAUCUGUAAAGCGUACAAAGACGCGACAGGAAAGUCUCUUGUGGACGAUCUGGAGGGAGACACUCACGGACACUUUGAGGACAUCCUGGUGGCUCUCGUCACUCCGCCAGCUCAGUUCGACAUGCAGGAAAUUAAAAAAGCCAUGAAAGGAGCUGGAACCACAGAGAGCACGCUGAUCGAGAUCCUCGCCUCCAGAUCUAACCAACAGAUCAAAGCUCUGUCUGAUGCAUACAUACAAGAGACGGGGAAAGCACUGACUUACGAUCUGAAGUCGGAGGUGGGAGGAGACUUUGGGAAAGCUCUGAUCACUCUGGCUGAGGGCAAAAGAGACGAGAGUAGAAAUGUGGACGCUGCUAAAGCCAAAGCUGACGCGAAGGCCCUGUACGAGGCUGGGGAGAAGAAAUGGGGGACGGACGAAGACAAGUUCAUCGAGAUCCUCUGUCACAGGAGUGUUCCUCAACUCAGACAAACCCUGGUGGAAUAUAAGAACCUGAGUGGGAAAACCCUGCAGCAGAGCAUUGAGAGUGAGAUGUCUGGAGAUCUAGAGAAUGUUUUAGUAGCUGUAGUGAAGUGUGUGAAGAGUGUCCCAGCUUACAUGGCAGAGCUUCUCCACAAGAGCAUGAAGGGAGCGGGCACUAACGAGGCCAUGCUGACUCGGAUCAUGGUGAGUCGCUCCGAGAUGGAUAUGAUGGACAUCAAGGCCGAGUAUAAUAAAAUGUACGGCCGUUUCUUAUACUCCGACAUCGAGUCUGAGACAUCGGGAGAUUAUGAGAAAACGCUGCUGGGGAUCUGUGGAUCUCAGGGGGCCUGAAGUCCACCUCAUCACCCUGAAAAUCACACAGGAGCAUAGAUCACCAGAACUAGCAUCACUUCCUGUUUUUUUAUUUACUAACUAAAUCAAACCCUUGAUGUUAAUAAUCACAGAUAUUACAGAAACUAGAUGAAGUAUGAUGUGGAUGUAACUGAUGCAUUUACUCACAUAGAUUUCUCUCUAAAAAAAAAAACGCUGUAUGUCUGAGCCUCGAGAUAUAUUACCUCUACACUGGAAAGAUUUUGAGAAAUAAAACUCACUUCAUGCUAAGAAUU